CUUGUCCAGUUCAGUGAAACCUAUGGUCCUGUGAUAACAUUGUACCUGGGGUGGCAGCGGACGGUUGUUCUGGUAGGAUAUGAUGCAGUGAAGGAGGCACUGGUGGACCAGGCAGACGACUUCACAGGCAGAGGGCCACUACCGUUCCUGCUCAAAGUUACCAAGGGCUACGGGCUGGGGAUCAGUAAUGGGGAGCGCUGGCGCCAGCUGCGACGUUUCACUCUGACAACCCUAAGAGACUUUGGGAUGGGACGCAAGGGGAUGGAGGAGUGGAUCCAAGAAGAGAGCAAACACAUGAGGGCACGCAUUGAUACAUUCAAAGCUACGUCAUUUGACCCCACAUUCUUGCUGAGCCGCACUGUGUCCAAUGUGAUCUGCUGCUUGGUGUUUGGACAACGCUUCAGUUAUGAAGACAAGCAGUUCCUGCGCCUCCUCCACGUGAUAUCUGAGGUUGUAAGGUUCAAUAGCAGCUCCUGGGGCCUGAUGUACAACAUCUUUCCCUGGCUAAUGGAGCAUCUGCCCGGCCGCCACCAAACUAUUUUUGCCAAAGUCAAGGAGAUUAGAGAGUUUAUACAGAUGAAAAUCCAAGAGCACAAAGAAACACUGGACCCCAGCUCCCCUAGAGACUACAUUGACUGCUUCCUCAUUCGAAUGGAUCAGGAAAAGGACAAUCCCACAACUGAGUUCCACUUUGACAACUUGGUGUCUACACUGAUGAAUCUGUUCGUGGCAGGAACAGAAACCACCAGCUCCACCAUCAGAUAUGCCCUGAGUGUGCUCAUCAAAUACCCAGACAUACAGGAGAAAAUGCAGCAUGAGAUUGAUACUGUGAUUGGAAAAGGCCGUUGUCCCAACAUGGAGGACAGGAAGUCCCUCCCCUUCACAGAUGUGGUCAUCCAUGAAGUGCAGCGUUUUCUGGACAUUGCCCCAUUUAGCGUCCCUCACUACACACUCCAUGACAUCUCUUUCAGGGGCUACACUAUCCCCAAGGACACUGUGGUUAUUCCCUUGCUGCACUCAGUGCUGAAGGAGGAAAAGCAAUGGGCAACUCCCUAUUCCUUUAACCCGCAGCACUUCCUGGACCAGAAUGGCAACUUUAAGAAAAAUCCUGCAUUCUUGCCCUUUUCUGCAGGAAAGAGAGCCUGUGUUGGCGAGUCUCUGGCUCGCAUGGAGCUUUUUAUCUUCCUGGUGUCUCUGCUGCAGCAUUUCACCUUUUCCUGCACUGAUGGCCCUGACAGUAUGGACCUUAUUCCAGAGUACAGCGGCUUUGCCAAUAUACCUCGCAGGUACCAGCUCAUUGCCACGCCACGGCAAACAGAGUAGCUCAACUCAGAGUAGAUCAUUGCCUGAAGCAUUCUGAGAACAUCGACACAACAUACAGUACAAUGUUUUAUUAUCACACGGCAGUGUUUGUUUAUGUUUGCUGUUACCUUGCUGAUAUAGCAGACAAGACCAUCAGACUCAAAAUCUAAGGAGCCACUUCUCCUGAAGCAUAAUUUUGAAUCCUCUUCAAGUUUGUCGUUUCAUAUGUAUUUUUCUCUUUGUGCAUAUUUUAAUCAAUUCCUGGUAGCUGUACUAUUUACUUUCUUGUGAAACAAAAGAUAAAUGUUUUCUUUUAUUACUAAUAAAGUACUAAUGUCAAUAAACCACCUUUUCUAGAGGAAGAAUUAACUCUACCUGUAAGAAGCUAUUUGUUUUUUUGCUACAUAUUGUGUAACCACAUAAUUUGAUUACACAAUGAGGAGCAGACACUCCCUCUGGCCUUCAAAAUAAAGUUGUAGUACUUAAAACAUUUGCAUGAUACUGUGUGUGUACAUCUUGGUGCACAUUCCCUAAAACCUUGAAAUAAACCAGCAACAAAGACUGUGUGAAUAUAUAGAGUUGGAGUUGCUCUGGGUAACUGGCUUUUCAGGUCUUGCUCAGCUUUACACUCACUGGCCACUUUAUUAGGUACACCUGUUCAUUGACUCAUUAAUGCAAAUAUCUAAUCAGCCGAUCACAUGGCAGCAACUCAGUGUGUUUAUGCAUGUACACAUGGUCAAGAUGAUCUGCUGAAGUUCAAACCAAGCAUCAGAAUGCAGAGGAAAAGCGAUUUAAGUGACCUUAUACAUGGUAUGCUUGUUGAUGCCAGACAGGCUGGUCUGAGUGUUUCAGAAACUGCUGUCUACUGGGAUUUUUACACACAGCCAGAGAAUGGUCUGAAAAAACAACAUC